AUGGCCCAACUCUUCUUUCAGUGUAUAAAAGGCCCAAACAAUGCCAGGAAUGACAUCCACAGUUUCCAUCUUCCCUCCCGUUAUCUACAAUCCCCUACGUUAGACAAACGAUACAAGUCCACCCGAAUAACCAUUACGAUGGCUCGGGCCAUGUUGGAGUCUUUGCAGUCGUUGGAGAAGUGGGUGACCGCUGCGUCCAGUCGAAUGAUUAAACUAGCCAAAGGAAAUGGCACCCCAGGCACUCGAGCUGCCCCUACGCAAUCGGGGAAUAACGAUGCGAGCAUUGGAAGCAGGCUUGAUGUUGGAGAUACGUUUACGAAGGAUGACAUAGAAUAUCGUCGUUAUCAUUGGCAACUCAACCGUAAUGCCGCGAAUUCAACUAUUCGACAAAAGGCACAGAAAGACAGCCACAAGGUGUGGUCCUUCGCAGAUGUCGAGAUCAAAAAAGACCCAACCAAGGAUGAUGCAAAAGAUACUGCGCAGAAAUUGUUUGGAGACCUGAAAGCUAACAUGGAUGAGUAG